CCGCCCUUCUCGCCUGCUCUGGUGGGAGGCGGGCGCACCCGCGGGGGGUCCCUCCAAGAUGGCGGCGCAGAGGAGGAGCCUGCUGCAGAGUGAACAGCAACCAAGCUGGACAGAUGACCUGCCGCUCUGCCACCUCUCUGGCGUUGGUUCGGCCUCCAACCGCAGCUACUCUGCUGAUGGCAAGGGCACUGAAAGCCACCCACCGGAGGACAGCUGGCUCAAGUUCAGGAGUGAGAACAACUGCUUCCUGUACGGGGUCUUCAACGGCUAUGAUGGCAACCGAGUGACCAGCUUCGUGGCCCAGCGGCUAUCUGCUGAGCUCCUGCUAGGCCAGCUCAGCACCGAGCACACUGAGGCAGACGUGCGGCGCGUGCUGCUGCAGGCCUUCGAUGUGGUAGAAAGGAGCUUCCUGGAGUCCAUUGAUGACGCGUUGGCUGAGAAGGCAAGCCUCCAGUCCCAGCUGCCAGAGGGUGUCCCUCAGCACCAGCUGCCUCCUCAGUAUCAGAAGAUCCUCGAAAGACUCAAGGCACUGGAGAGGGAGAUUUCGGGAGGAGCCAUGGCCGUCGUGGCGGUCCUGCUCAACAACAAGCUCUACGUCGCCAAUGUUGGUACAAAUCGUGCCCUUCUAUGCAAAUCCACGGUGGACGGGCUGCAGGUGACCCAGCUGAACGUGGACCACACCACGGAGAAUGAGGACGAGCUCUUCCGCCUCUCUCAGCUGGGUUUAGAUGCAGGAAAGAUCAAGCAAGUGGGGAUCAUCUGUGGCCAGGAGAGCACCAGACGCAUCGGGGAUUACAAGGUCAAAUAUGGCUACACUGACAUCGACCUACUCAGUGCCGCCAAGUCCAAGCCGAUUAUCGCAGAGCCCGAAAUCCAUGGUGCGCAGCCCCUGGAUGGGGUGACUGGCUUCCUGGUGCUGAUGUCGGAGGGGCUGUACAAGGCUCUGGAGGCCGCCCAUGGGCCCGGGCAGGCCAACCAGGAGAUCGCUGCCAUGAUCGACACGGAGUUCGCCAAGCAGACUUCCCUGGAUGCCGUGGCCCAGGCCGUGGUGGACCGGGUGAAGCGCAUCCAUGGGGACACAUUUGCCAGCGGCGGCGAGCGUGCCAAGUUCUGCCCGAGGCAUGAGGACAUGACCCUGCUGGUGAGGAACUUUGGCUACCCGCUGGGCGAGAUGAGCCAGCCCACACCGUCCCCGGCUCCAGCUGCAGGAGGACGUGUGUACCCCGUCUCCGUGCCAUACUCCAGUGCCCAGAGCACCAGCAAGACCAGCGUGACCCUGUCCCUCGUCAUGCCCUCCCAGGGCCAGCUGCUCAAUGGGGCCCACAGCGCAUCCACCCUGGACGAAGCCACUCCCACCCUCACCAACCAGAGCCCGACCCUGACGCUGCAGUCCACCACCACGCACACACACAGCAGCAGUUCCAGCUCGGACGGAGGCCUCUUCCGCUCCCGGCCCGCGCACUCCCUCCCGCCUGGCGAGGGCGGCCGUGUGGAGCCUUACGUGGACUUUGCUGAGUUUUACCGCCUCUGGAGCGUGGACCACGGCGAGCAGAGCGUGAUGACGGCACCAUAGCCCCGGCUGGGGGAUGUGGCCCGAGCAGGACCAGGCCUGGGGACAA